GUUGAGUCUUGGCCGCCCUUAACAACCCAACAACAACAACAACAACACAAGAAAUUUUUCCUACAGUAAAAAAAAAAUUUUUUUUACUCUACUGUAUUAUAUGCAGUGAAGUACAUCCUAAAUUACCAGAGGAGCGAAAUGAGACUACAAUCCAUGGUUGACUCACGAGUCGUAGUUCGUCCGGGACGCAUACCCACGGCGUGAGACGGGGUGGCAGCCAGUCUGGCAUUGUUUACCAGUGAGCAAAGGUCCCCUCACAUGCUCCAGCGAAAUACUUCAUAAUACAGUGGACCCCCGCAUAACGAUUACCUCCGAAUGCGACCAAUUAUCAGGUUGCUUGCCAGACGAUGAAUCCAGUUCUCUGCUCUGCAUAAACGCUCCACAUAUUCUCCUUUUUGGGCGAAUUUGUCACUGCUCACAGCCGAGGACCUCAUCCUUUGUCGAUUUAAAAGACUUUGAAUUUGAAGAGUGGUCGAUUAGCUGUGCCGUAGCUUCUGGCCUAUGAUGGUCAUAGUAAUGGUAGUCGGUUUUCUAAGGGGGUUGUGAUUUUGACAGUUUUAGAAAUUUUUUGAAGUAUGGAACAGCCCUGGUUCUGUUUUGAUUUUGACAGUUUUAGAAUUUGUAUAUGUGUAAAAGAGAAUCUGUUGCAUCUAAUGUGACUUGGAUAAUUUAAAAAAAAAAAUAGAAUCUAAUGUAAAUUUGACAGUUUUUAGAAAACAGAUAAUCUAAUGCAUCUAAUGUGAAUUUGACAGUUUUUAAAAAACAGAAUCUAAUCCAUCAAAUGUGAAUUAAAUUUUUAGAAAAAACAGAAUUUGAUAAUUAUUAGGAACCAUACGUUUUUAAAACACAUCACGGAAUCGUUCCAUUAUUUCAUAACACAAAAAACUACCUUUAAUCUAAGACUUUAAACUUCCUGUGACCUUGAUAAGGACCCAGCUGGACUCCAGUCCGACCUUGCUGGUAACAAGGUCAUUUAUUUAUUUAUUUAUUUAUUUAUUUAUUUUUUUAUUUAAAAAUUUGUGCACACAUACAGAGGUACAAAAAAUACAGAAAAGAGCAGUAUGCCAAAGCCACUUAUACUAUGCAUAGCAUUACGGGCUGGCUUAAAAUUAACUUAAGAUGAACUAAGCAAUGAUGACAUCGGUGAUAAAACUUUAAUGUAAACAGAUUACUAUAAAGCACAAGUGAGUAGUCAUUAAGGCUGUCAUGCAUACACAGUCACAAAUACUUAACUAGUAGAGUUACGAAUGUGUAUUACUGUAUAUUCUGGUAUACUGACCAACAUACACCUCUGUGUAUGCAGUCAGCAAAAUAAAAAUAUUAAUAAUCUUUAUUUCUACAAGUACAGUGGACCCCCGCUUAACGAUCACCUCCAAAUGCGACCAAUUAUGUAAGUGUAUUUAUGUAAGUGCAUUUGUACGUGUAUGUUUGGGGGUCUGAAAUGGACUAAUCUACUUCACAAUAUUCCUUAUGGGAAAAAAUUCGGUCAGUACUGGCACCUGAACAUACUACUGGAAUGAAAAAAGUUCGUUAACCGGGGGUCCACUGUAUAAAAUACAACUUAUACACAUUUAUACACACACUACUGUGGAAAUUAAGUAUUGCCAAGUCUUGUAUCGAUUUAUAUUAGCCCAUAUUUACAUAUUAAUAAAUAUUAUAAUCAUAUCUAAGCUUUAAACUCAGUGCCACUAUAAAAAUGAACAAAUACAGGAAAAGGCGGUUUGUAACUGGCAGUGCGCGGUGCAUCCUCUAAAACAGACUAAUGGAGAGGAUUUUCCCAGUGUUUGUAAAGUUUGAAUAAUAUAGAAUAUUAAAUACACAAGUAUUUUCCUGUAUCCGUAAUAGUGCCAUAUGCGAUGUUUAAAACAUCGAAGGUUAAUGGGGGAGUUUACCCAGUGGAUUCUCUCGUUUAUUGCACAAGUCCACUAUACUGAAGGCUGCUAUAGCAUGGUGCGUUAUACGUGAUUCUGCUGUAUCUUAAUGCCCUUAGUUUCUCCCGGACAGUAAAAUAUAUAUUUGAAAGCAGAUUCUUGCACAGAAAGUGCGUUACAUUUUUCAAAUCACAAUCAGUAAAGUAUGCUUUAUUGCAUAAAGUUUGUCUAAGAUUGAUAAUUUUCCUGAAUUAAAGUUUGCCAAGUGCCGUUACAUGAGAAUAAAACUCGUUCUAUAAUAAAAAUAGUAAAUUUUCAAGGAAUUCCACCAGGGCAGUCAUGGAGGCCAAUAAAAAGAAAAUAUAUAGAUGUCAAGUGUGCUACAAAGAGUUCCUGGCUAGCAGUUACCUCACUAUACACAAGAGAGUUCACACUGGUGAGAAACCCCACCAGUGCGCCUUCUGUUUCAAGAGCUUCAGGGAGAAGACUGCACUUAGUAAACACGAGAGAAUCCACACUGGGGAGAAGCCAUACCAAUGCUCCAUCUGCAAGAAAGGCUUUACCGAAAAUGGUCAUUUAAAAACGCACAUGAGAGUCCACACUGGGGAGAAGCCAUUUUAUUGUACAUCAUGCUUGAAAGGCUUCUCUAUAAAAUCUUCUCUUAUAAGGCACAUGAGGAUACACACUGGGGAAAAACCACACCAGUGCACAGUGUGCGCAAAGGAUUUCACCAAUAAAUCCUGCCUGGUGUUACACAUGAGGAAUCACACUGGAGAGAAACCCUACCAGUGCUCCUUCUGUGUUAAGGGUUUCAAGAGUAAAUAUGCGCUGGUUAUACACACCAGAGUUCACACUGGAGAGAAACCCUACCAGUGUUCCGAAUGUGGUAAAUCAUUCUCCAGACACUCUAAACUGGUUGAACACACUGCCUUCCACUCCGGUCACAAACAGUUCAACUGUUCUGACUGCUUGAAGGUUUUCCCCAACAAGGCGGCCAUUAAGAGCCACGUGACGGUCCACACGGAUGAACGGCCAUUCCGCUGUCUACUCUGUUCAAAGGAUUUCAUGAGGAAAUCUACUCUGGCCCGGCACAUGAGGACCCACAGUAGCGGGCAACCCUUGGUGCUGGUCGAGGGAUCUUAAUCCAAGGAAGUGAAGUGGCCUUCAAUCAACCCACAUUACCCCCCACUCCCCAUCUAUCUGUGACCCCCUAAGGGUUUAGCAUUCCCCCAAAUUAAUGAAUAGCAACAAAAUGGCAGCCAUUGCAUCUACCUCGAGGACACGAUGACCAAAAUAAUAAUUUGCCACUUAAUUAUGAUUGUAAUAAGCAGUUAUGAUAAUAAUUAAGAGCUUAAUUGUAAUAAAGCAAUUAGGAUCAUAAUAAAUUGAGAAUUUCCAAUUCUGUUCCUUUGGAAAAAUUCCCAAAUGCUCUCGCGAUGGAUCAGGUACUGAUCAACUAGGCUGUCACUGCCAGCAUUGGAACACAAUCUGCCAUGCGAACCACAACCCGGCAAAUCAGCAAUCGACUAGUUAACCCAAUGAUAAUAGAUACUUGUAGUUAUAAUAAGUCAUAAUUCUGUAAAUUUAUAAAUAAUUUUGUUAGUGUUAAGAAUAUAACUAAAAAUUGUAAUGGCAACUUUAGUAAAAUUGUCUUAUAAAGCUCCACUAUAUACAGUCAGUUCUCUUACAGAUUUCCACUAUAUACAGUUAGUUCUCUUAUAAAGUUUCACUAUAUAGUCAGUUCUCUUAUAAAGUUCCACUAUAUAGUCAGUUCUCUUAUAAAGUUCCACUAUAUAUAGUCAGUUCAUCUGACUGUAUACAGCCUUUCCUUAAUUAACGACAUACUCGUUUACCGAUGUCUCGGACAUAUGACGGGCUCUCUGACCAGUAUGCAUACCUAAGCAAUGUAUAUUAACCCUUAAACUGUCCAAACAAAUUUACGUUCAUAUGCGUAGUGCUCCAAAAGUAGAUCUACGUUUUUUUACACAUUUUCAAAUGUAAAAAAAAAAAAAAGAAAUACGUUUUUUA